AUGAUGUCAUCGGUUGCGACAGAAGGCAGACUCCGGCAGGCUGUGAGCUUGCAGGGAGUUGACCCAGAAACAUGCAUGAUUGUAUUUAAAAACCACUGGGCGCAGGUUGUGAAAAUCUUAGAGAAGCAUGACCCCUUGAAGAACACCCAGGCAAAAUAUGGGUUCAUCCCUCCAGAUGAGGCCAGUGCUGUACAGAACUAUGUAGAACACAUGCUCUUUUUGCUGAUUGAGGAGCAAGCCAGGGAUGCUGCCAUGGGGCCAAUCCUGGAAUUUGUGGUCUCUGAGAACAUCAUGGAAAAACUCUUCCUUUGGAGUCUGAGACGGGAAUUUACUGAUGAGACUAAAAUGGAGCAGCUAAAGAUGUAUGAGAUGUUGAUCACCCAGUCCCACCAGCCUCUGCUGCACCACAAGCCCAUCCUGAAGCCCCUGAUGAUGUUGCUGAGUGCCUGUUCAGGAACAGCCACCCCCACUGUGGAGGGGAAGCUGGUUGUGCUGCUCAGUCAGCUCUGUUCCAUUCUUGCCAAAGAUCCAUCCAUCCUGGAGCUCUUCUUCCACACUAGCGAGGACCAAGGGGCUGCCAACUUCCUCAUCUUCUCUCUUCUGAUUCCCUUCAUUCACCGGGAGGGGACUGUAGGCCAGCAGGCCCGGGAUGCUUUGCUCUUCAUCAUGUCUCUCUCUGCUGAGAACAGCGUGGUGGCCCAUCACAUCGUGGAGAACACCUACUUUUGUCCAGUGCUUGCAACCGGGCUCAGUGGUCUGUACUCUUCCCUGCCUGCCAAGCUGGAAGAGAAGGACGAGGAAUGGCACUGCCUUCUGACGGACGACUGGGUCCUGCUCCCUCCUCUGGUCCAGUUCAUGAACUCCCUUGAGUUCUGCAACGCCGUCAUUCAGGUGGCUCACCCCUUGAUUCGUAAUCAGCUUGUCAACUAUAUUUACAAUGGAUUCUUGGUACCAGUCUUGGCUCCAGCUCUCCAUAAGGUGACUGUGGAGGAGGUCAUGACCACAACUGCAUAUCUGGACCUUUUUCUGCGUAGCAUCUCUGAGCCAGCGCUACUUGAGAUCUUCCUCCGUUUUAUCCUGUUGCACCAGCAUGAGAACGUCCACAUCCUAGAUACGCUCACGAGCCGAAUCAACACCCCAUUUCGGCUUUGUGUGGUGUCCCUGGCAUUAUUUAGAACUCUCAUCGGUUUACAUUGUGAAGAUGUAAUGUUACAACUAAUUCUAAGGUAUCUGAUCCCUUGCAAUCACAUGAUGCUGAGUCAGAGGUGGGCUGUGAAGGAGAGAGACUGUUACUCUGUUUCUGCGGCCAAGCUGCUCGCCCUGACCCCCGUCUGCUGCUCCAGCGGGAUCACCCUGACGCUUGGGAACCAAGAGAGGGAUUAUAUUCUCUGGUCAAAGUGCACGCAUGAUAGUCCAGGGCCCUCAGAGCAGCCGCCCCCCGAGGCGUUCUCACCUUCGGCCUGCAUCGUGGAGUACGGCAAAGCCUUGGACAUCAGCUACCUGCAGUACCUCUGGGAGGCCCACACCAACAUCCUCCGCUGCAUACGGGAUUGCCACGUGUGGUCCGCCCUAUACGAUGGAGACUCCCCCGACCCCGAGGCGCUUUGCCCGGCUCUGCUGGGCCCGCCCGAGGAGAGGGCUCCCAGCGCCACCUACCCUGUGCUCGGGCUCCCGCAGCCGGUCCCCGGGACGACGGGGCCCCAGCUGGCUCCCGGAAAGGAGAAGAGCCACACGGAGCUGGAGUGGGACGACAGCUACGAUACCGGGAUCUCCUCGGGGGUGGGUGGGGGCUGCCCUGGGCCCUAUGAGGAUGCAGGGAGCUCGGGCCCCCCGGCCCCCGUGGAUCCUCCCAGACACAUCAAGGAGAUGAAGAAGAACGCCAUCCUGCUCUUCAAAGGGGCCUACAUCGAAGAGUCUGACUUCCAGGAUGACGUGAUGGUGUACCGGUUGUGUGCUGAGAAGGAUGCUGAGGACACCAGCGGUUCACGGGAGGACGCCGCGAGGCCCCCAACCCAAGCCCAGACCCAGGCCCAGGGUCCCCCCGUGAGCAACGGCCCCCUGCCCGGCCCUCAGUCAGAGACAGAUUCAGAGGAGGGACAUGGUAGGCACGAUUCGGACGUGUUUCACGGUGUGUCCAAGGAACCAGAAGGAGAGAACGAGCCUGAAGUCGCCCUAGAAUCAAGCCCCGAGGUAGCGGCCCCCAACCCCGGGGCAGAGCGCGGUGCACGCCGGACAGUGACUGACCCUGAGGGUGACGAUUUCAUCGCCCAGUACGACCAAAUCAUGAGAGACCUGGAUCCCAGCACCGAGGGCUUGAUGGAGCAGAAUGUCUCCCCGCCGGAUCCGUUGCUUCUUACAAAGGAGCCGGAAGAGGAGGAAGAGGAGGGCAAAGGAGAGGAGGAGGAGGGGAGGAAGGAACCAGAAGGGGAGGAGGACGACUCUGACUCCUUCAUAGCCGAGGCUCCUGCCGCAGAGACCCAGCCGUCCCCCUUCGGAGCGAGAGAUGAGGCUGCCUUUGCCAGUCGCCGUCCCGCGAGGACUCAGAGCACCCCAUUCACAGGCCCGUUCAUCAGCGUGGUCCUGUCCAAGCUGGAGAACAUGCUGGAGAACUCGCUGCACGUGAAUUUGCUGCUCAUCGGCAUCAUCACGCAGCUGGCCAGCUACCCGCAGCCCCUCUUGCGCUCCUUCCUGCUCAACACCAACAUGGUCUUCCAGCCCAGCGUGCGCUCCCUCUACCAGGUCCUCGCGUCUGUGAAGAACAAGAUUGAGCAGUUCGCCUCGGGGGAGAGAGACUUCCCGGGCCUCCUCAUGCAAGCACAGCAGUACCUGCUCUUCCGCGUGGACCUGUCCGGCCCGAGCCCCGAGGCACCCACCAAAGAUCCCGUUCAGGAUGCCUCCAGGACAGGGAGCGGCCGGAGUUUCCUGGAUGGCCCCCCACGAGUGCUUCAGCCCUUCCUGACGAACAGAGCCAAGGUGGCCGGGGCACCCCCCAGCCUGCCCCCGCCCCUGCGGGACAGCAUGCUGGCGGCCGCCCUCUUCCCCGAGUUCCUGAAGGAGCUAGCUGCCUUGGCCCAGGAGCACUCCAUUCUCUGCUGCAAGAUCCUGGGCGACUCGGAUGACAGCUACUGUUAG